CAUCAUCAUCGUCGUCGUUUAACGUCCGCUUUCCAUGCUAGCAUGGGUUGGACGAUUUGACUGAGGACUGGUGAAACCGGAUGGCAACACCAGGCUCCAAUCUAAUUUGGCAGAGUUUCUACAGCUGGAUGCCCUUCCUAACGCCAACCACUCAGAGAGUGUAGUGGGUGCUUUUACGUGUCACCCGCAUAUAUAUAUAUGUAUAUACACACAUACAUACACACACACACACACACACACACACACACAUAUCUAUACAUAUAUCCAAAACUCACAUAUAUAUUAAUAAUAUUGAUAUACAUAUAUGGUAUGCAUGAAUAGAUGUACAUGUAUGUAUGCAUGUGAAGGGAAAUGGAUUACGUCAUCCCUCCAAAAAGGUACGUGAUCAGUGAGGAUUAAAGUUAAAUAAAGUAAUCAUUAAGAUACUGAAAAAGAAAACAAUAAUAAUCUACUGAUGCACAUGAGGAAUUAAUGUUUAUAAACAACCCAAAACUGAAACAAGCUGAUUUGCCUUGUCUAAGUCUUAUGAGCAGUAGUCUUCACCAGAGGGUACUGUCCAAAGUAUUACACUAUUCUGCUUCCUGUUGGUGAGCCAAUUCAUUACAUUUCUAAAUUGAAAGAAAAAUACUAGGAGCCAGACUGGAAUUGAGCAUCUACUAAAAUUUAAUUACAUUAUCAUUAAACAAUAUAUGAAUUAUUGUGAGACUGAUUCAUGGUCUCGUUUGCAUUGGUAAUAAGUUCAGCUGUUUACAGUUAAACUUAAUAUAUUUUGUUUAUCCUCCAUCACAAUUUUUAUACUUGAUAAAUUUACAGAAGGCAGAUGCUACUCAAGUUAGGUAAAUUAUUUAUUAUACUUGAAUGGAGAUUAAACUUCCACUUAUUUGUGGAGAUGAAAGAAGUAGAUAUUUUAUGGAAUAUUUAAAUAAUGAUUGAAUUAUAAAUCUGGAAAUUUUUCUCCAGUUGAGUGUGCAUGCAUGCCUGUAUGUGGGAGUGAGGAGAAGUAUGAACCUUUGAUUCCAAGAAGAAAAUGUAUAGAUAACUAUACAAAAGGGACUGAAAAUUGUAUGACACACCGUUGUUACAUGAUUCAAUGCUCUUAGUUACUUUCCAAAUACAAUGUAUGGAUGAGGAAUCCUUAACUGCAUCUUUGAUGAUAUUCUAAUUAACUAAAUAAAAUAUGAGAUGUGAUAUGACACUUACAUAGGAACACCGUAAAUACGUAUGCACACAAACAUGCAUUUCUCUCUCUCUCUCUCUCUCUCUCUCUCUCCAUAUUUACAUAUAGGAUUAAUAUUUUAUGGCUCUGAUUUUUUUCAUAGCUAAGGUCCUCUAAAACAUUACUUUCAAGCACUGCAUGAACUCAACAAAAAAGGUAUCAAAUUUACUUAAACUAACUAGUUAAAACUGAAGCUGAAAAAAUAAUUUAUUUUUAUAUAUUUGAAAUGAGUUGAAGUAUAACUGAAUUGUAUGUGGAUAUGGAUAUAGAUGUGUGUGUGUGUGUGUGUAUGCAUAUUUGUGUGUGAGCAUUUGUGUGUAUAUGUAUUUGUGUUAUGCAUGUUUGUAAUUUUGUUUGGAUAGGUGUUCAUAAAUACAGGCUGAAUCAUAAAUCUAAACAAAAAUUAGUUUUUGUUUAUAACUUUUCCUCCCCAAAUUGAUGGUCAAAUUAUGUAACAGUUUAAAAUAUGCUAUAUAAUAGUUUAAAAUGUUCACAAUCUAUUAUGAAGAGAAUGAUUAAUGAAAUUUAAGAGAGCUGGGUUUUGUGCAUCUCUAGUUCCUCUCUAAACUCCACCACUUUGCUUUCCAAAGGAGAUUCAAAAUUUGCUCUCAUCUGAAAAGAACACUUUAGACAAUUGCUCAACAUUCAGCUUCUAAUUCUCCUUGGUCCAUAUCAACUAUUUGUGACUCUAGUUGUUGAUAAGAAGAUGCCUAAGUUUGGGUACUCAACUGCUGUGCCUCUGUUUUUUUUAAAAUCCAUAUGUGUGGUGGCCUUUGAUGCACUAACUUGUGUCUUUGUCUAUUUUUCAUGGGUCUCUUCCACAUUGUCAAACCAGCUUUCUUCAUGGUUCUUUCAGAGCUGUGGUUGUCUCCUUCACUGGUAUACUUCUUUCUUCCACACACUGUUUAUCCAGUUGAAGCUCUAAAGAGAUGCUUUCAACAAAUAGUUUUCUGUCUUCCAUUCUUUGUAAAGAAUGUGAAUGAUAAACUUUUGGACAACUGUGUCAUCAGAAGCCUUGUCCAUGACUGCAAUACCAGCAGUUUUUAUAAAAUGAUUAUAUAUUUAUAAAAAAAAAAAACAACACAACUAUAUAAAGCAGUGGUCCUCAGCUGGGGUCCAUAUGGUCCCUGGAGGUCUACAGUAGAUUUUGCUGUUAAAAUUCAUGUACAAUAAAUUGGAUAUACUUCUACAAUACACAAAAUAUUUCAACACAUUUUUAUAUGGUUCCUAAUAAUAUUUAAUUAUAAAAUAUACUAGAACUUUUUUAAUCAGCAAAUAGCUAAGAAGGCCCACCUGAGUAAAAUUGGAAUCAAAGGGGUCCAUAGGGAAAAAUGGUUGCGAACCACUGAUAUAAAGGUAUUGAACUAAGUUGUAUUAAUGAAAUGCAUUCAGACAAUAUUAUUGUAAAAUUUUGGAAUCAUAAGAAUGCAAUAUUUGCAUUCUUACACAUCUGAAAUCAUUGUAAAAAUUAUUGAGAUUGUUCACAGACUGAGACAAGGCACUACUGUUGCAUCUCUUAGGUAUAAGUUCGGAGCUUUUGACAAUUUUUCCCCUUAAUAUACUUUCAUAUUCUAAUUUUCUGAAUACAUACAUAUAUACAUACAUUCAAACAAGAGAAUGGCAAACUCAGUGUGAGAGAGAGAGAGAGAGAGAGAGAGAGAGAGAGAGAGAGAGAGUGGGACUAAGAUAAUAUAUAUAUAGUAUAAUACCAGAUUGCAAGUGGUAAGAAUUCAUUACUAACAAGUUACCAAAACCUUAAAUACUAAUAAGCUAGUAAACAUUUCUAUUGUUUAUUGCUACUAAUGUAUCUGCAGCUCAUCUGUUGAGUGCUUCUACUGUUUGUCUUUGUGAUAUACUAUACAUACACACACACACAGAAACAUAUACAGACAUUGAAUAUUCUAUUCAAUGCUGCUUCUUAAGACUUCACACACACAUACACACACUCAGUAGUUCAUAUAUCCAAGCAAGAAGGACACUCUAAAGCAUUAGCACAAUAGUAUAUUUAGAAGGUUGUUGUUUGUUAUGGCUGGUCAGAAAGUGACCAUUGAUUUUGUAGCUGUAAGGUACUUAGCUGUAUGGGUAACUUGUCAUGUGCCUCCAGCCAUCUGAGUCUGAUGUGUCAGCUAUACAACUAAGUGCCUUAUAGGUACAAAAUCAGUGGUCACUCUCUGACCAGCCAUAACAAUGAACCUUCUAUAUAUAUAUAUAUGCAUAUAUGCAGCUGCACAUGUGCACACACACACACUUGAUUGUGUAUGUGUAUAUUCAUAAAUGAAUGCAUGUAUGUAUGUAUGAUGUUUAUAUUUCUAUGUGAAUGUGUUUAUAUUUUUGUUUUUAUUUUUAUUUAUUUAUGCUGUCCAUAAAUAAACGGUGGAAUCAUUGUAGGCUUACUCAGAUUGGUGAGGUGAAUGCAUUAAUGUGAUUGAUAUUCACCACGAACUUCUGCAGUCGAUACUUGUAGGCAGGGAGGGGAUUCCUAGAAGGCUGUAGCACUGGGAAGAACCGUUUUGGUGGUUAGUGAGAGAGAAAAAAACAUUCAAAGUGAUAAAGAAGUUUGUUGACAACUGUUUCCAUCACCUUUUGGUAUGACAGAAAAUAUCAUGAUAUAUCAGUAGUUGUCAAAAUCAGAGAAGUUGGUUGUCCUUAUAGAUAGGACAUAUUGUCAUGUUUCCAUAAAUUGGGGGUAAAUAGCUGUAAAGUGAGAAGAAGCAAGAAGAAUUUGGUGAAAAUAGCCAUUGUCAAUGUUCCUUGUAUUCCAUGUACUUGAAGGUGAAAUUGAAUACUUUUAAUUAAGAAAUUAAUCAUUGUAAGUUAAUAAUAAAAUCUUCAGUAAAACACUUAAAAUAUGGUUUGUAUUUGCUUAAACAGUCAAUAUAGUAUUUAAGCAAUGGCUGCUCACAUGGAUAAGCACAUGCUAUACGAAAAAAAAAAAGGAAGCAAAAUUUGCACCAAAAGCAAAUUUCUACACAUGCUCACAACUAAAGCUUUGGUGGAACAUUGGUUGUCAUAUCUGUUUUUCGAUGUGGGUGACAUCCUAGUAAGUGAUUAUUGUUGAAUUUCUUCAGAUGCUGUAGGAAGAGUUCCUUUUCUGUGCAGCUGCAUUGAUUCGGCAUUUGAACUACUCUUGUGGGAAGUUGUGAGCUUUGGCUGUAUGAUGGAUCUUAGAGAUUAUACCUAGGAGAAGGUUUGCGUUAGUCUGUCUGUCUUGCUCUCUAUAUAUAUAAUUAUAAUAUCUCUGUCUGUCUCUCUCUCUCUCUCUCUGUUGUCUUGUCUGCAUCAAAGGGAAGCACAUAUUUACUGCCAAGGGAAGUCAGAGUGACACUGGUAGGUCUACAACAAGAUUGUUAGUUGACAAAAUGUACUGGAGGCAGGGCUGAUGUAUUAUAAGAUGGUGUGAAAGGGAUUGCCUUGAUUAGGCAGUGAUCAGAUAAUCUUCUUAAUGAGAGAAGAGUCUGUGUUGGCAGGGUAAAAAAAAAAGGAUUGGGUUUAGAGGAGAGAAAGGGGUUAAUGUAUAUGAUGAGUUGGUGGCUAGGCCUCAAUUACGGGUACAUGAGGAGACUAAGUUGUACAGACAGUUCAGUUCAAGGUGGAAAAUGAUUUGUCUUCCACACCAUCAACACUGGUGUGAAAAGAGUGGAGAGAAAUGGAGAAGAAAAGAAGUUGUGUGCAUUUAAAUCACUAACAAGGAUGACUUCAGGCAGAAUUGUGUGCAGACUGAUAUUUUCAAUGCAGGAUGGUCAAAUAACUGCUAUUGGCUGUGAAAGUUUGGAGAGCGGUAUUGACUAUAAACACACUUAGAAGUCUUGAGUAGAGAGAGACUUCUGAGCAAUUGGAAGUCUUUAUCAUUGAUAUCCAUGCAAGAGAGACAUGAGCAAUGGAGAGACUGGAUCCUUCUUAAGAGCAGACAUAGCAUUUAGGACAGCAGCUGAAAUACAGGGUGGACAAGAAAGAUGUAUUAGCAGAGAGCUGAGAUAACAGAUUCAUGUAUGUAGUGGGAAGGGGUGCCAAUCACUACCCAGAAAGAAGUGUUAGCCUGUGUGUGGAUAUGUGCAUGUGUCUGUGCAUGUAUGUAUCUAUAAUCAGAUAUAUUUUUACAUAGAGCUUGCACUAAAGUGCAUUCCCGCCAUUAGCCAGGGACAGGAGAUCAUAAUGAUUUAGACACAUUUCAACAAUAUUGCGUUCCCCAAUAAUAUAGAGCAAUAUUCAUGCUGCCAGGGAUAUGCAGGUUCUUUUGUUUCACAUUGUAUGCAUAUACAAACACAUAUAUACACAUAUACGUGCACAAAUAAGCAUGUUAUAUAAUAUACAAUUCAAUGUAUAAAGCAUGAUAGUAGUUUCAAGUAUAUUUAUAUAUAUAUAUAUAUAUGUGUGUGUGUGUAUGUAUGUAUGUACAUACUUACAUAUAAUUGAUUGUUCUUUGUGUUAAUUAGUCCCAAACACAAAUUUAUUGGGCUGGAAAUUACAGGAAUUUGUGACGUUCAAUUUUUUUUACAAGUGUUGAUAAGACUGAUAUAAACUAAAGUUAAUUGAUUGCAGGCUUUAAUCGAAAUCAGUUUAUAUACUCUUAGUUUGCUAUACAUCUGUAUUAUGUCUAAUAGUGAAUGCCUAUAAAUGCUGAUUUACUGCAAAUGUUCUUGUUUUCCAUUUCAAGUUUAAUGUUGUUUCAAUAUUUAUCAAAUCUGUUCUUGAACUUGUUGGUUAUCUUUGAAUGAACAACUUUCCUUGAUAGUUUGUAUUUGAGAUUUUCUAUCAUAUUAGUUUGUUAUUUUGUUGUGUUACUUCAUAUGUAAGUCGAUAGAAUAAUUUUGAUUGGACGUGCAUUGAGAAGGUCAAAUAUAUUGCUAGCUAUCCUUUUUGAAUCACAAAAAUCAAGCUACAGAAUCUUACUGUGUUGGAGGACACAGACGACGUUCUGUAUCAUCCAAAAGACAAAUUUUACAAUUUAAUGCUGAGAUAGAUGCAAUAUUAACCUUGUUAUUGAUAAGGACCAAUGGCAAAAGCAGAUUGGCUAGUGUUCAGCACAAAGCAUCUCUUUCAUUGCGUUUUUUUAUUAUUUUGGAAAUGGAAGAAUAAGAAGGCACUAUUUGUAACCUCCAGAGUAAGAAAACUUCUAAUUGUUGCUACAUGCUCUUGUUUGUUGUCUUAUCACUUAGUAGUUAUUUUAAUUGAUUCAAUAGAAAAGGUUUUUGUCUAAGGUAAUCUUUGUCUUGAAGUAAUGUCACAACUAAUACUGUAAACAGCCAUAUCAUAUUAUAACUUACAAUGAUGGUAUAUGUUUAAAAGUUUAGUUUCAGAUGUAUAUAUUAGCCUGAUAUGAAAUGAAACAGCUAGCAAGGUUCUAUCUGAUAUCAAUGUUUGGACUUUUUAAAGUUUUUGUUUUCAACUUGAUGCAAGUAAAGAAACUCAUCACUUAGUGUUUUCAAAAACAGCAAUGUUUUUCUCACAAACUGGUAAUUAGUAAAUAGUUUGGUAAGUAAAUGAAAUAGUGUGGCAGCAAUUUUUCUUUCAAGAUGUUUCAAUUAAUUUAUAACUUAUAGAAAUACUUUGAUUUAUAUUUAAAAAAAAAAGCUUUAUAUUAUUGUUUGUGAAUUUGCAUAAAACAUAAAUAUACAUACACAGACAAACACUAUGCCUGUGUGUGUGUGUGUGUGUGCAUCACAUAAAUUAUCAUUAUUAUUGCUUGUCCUGUCAUGUCUGAAAUCGAAACUGUUGUGUAGCUUCAAUGCACUUAUCACGUUCACUGUAUAAUUUUCUCUAUGUCAGCUUGCUUUUCCACAACUGUAGCUUCACCUUUACAAUGAUUAAUGCCGAAAUAAUUGAAAUCUUACUCGAUCAUAUUUUUUUCAGCUGAUUUGAGUCCCAAUGUUUGUAUAUUGCAAAUAUUAGUGAGCUAUACAAUAUAGCUCUAAUUUUCAAAUCUGUAACUGAAAUAACAUUUUCUGCAAACUGAGUUGAAGCUGUGGUGGCACUCACUAUAACCAUAAGGUGUAAGGUAAACCAAGCAGUUGAGAACUACCAAUACAAACUAUGGCCAUUGGCAAAUGUUCAUCUUAUAUUUAAUAUAGACAAGAGAGAUAUAACAGUUACAGUUAUCUGAAGUGCUCAUGAUCUUGAAUAUUUGCAUGCUUGAUACAUAGUCCUUCUGAAUGAGAUUAAAGAUUUCUCAAUGACAGCUGAAGUGGAAAUGUAUUAAGCCAAUACCUCUCACUGCAGUUUGUAAUCUAAAGCCUUUGCUGUAUGGUAAGAAGUUAGGCCACUUGAAACUUGAAUUUGACAUUAAUAGAAAGAUUUUAAUUGUCUCAUAUAUGACUACAUAACUUUCAAAAAGGUAAAACAUGCCUCUGUCUUUCAUAUACAUGUAACUAUCUCAUUAUUCAGAAUUCUUGACCUGAUAAUAGCGUUUCAAUGUAACAUAAAGCUGUUCAUGGUAUACAGGUCUUAUCUUGUACUGUCAUCAAUAGCUUUCUCCAGGCUUAUAUGUAUUUCAAACUCAGUAAGUUAUAAUAAAGCAAAUUAUGCAGUUCUUAAGGUUCCUUCUUUGAGUGAGCACUGACAUUGUAACAGCAUCAUAGAUAAGCUUAAUGGUUAGCACCCUCAAGGCUUUCUUUUUUUAUCUGCAGUACCUUGAAAGGCUAAACUACCCAUCUCAUUCCUAUUAUUGUGACAAAAUAUGUACAUAUAUAAUGAAAAUGUUUGAAUAUGUAUAGAUUUAUACAUGGAAUUUUUACAUAUGUUUUUUAACAGCAAAACUAUUAUAGAACAAAUCAUAAAAUGUAUGUAAAAAUUUGGUAUCUAACCUGUUUUCUUACAUAUGUUUCUAAAUUUCAUAUGUAAGAAAAUUGUGUGUUUGUAUGUGUGCACGUGUAUGUUUGCGUGUGUGUGGGUAUGCAUGUAUAUAUGUGUAUACACACAUAAACAUAUGGAUAACAGAAUAGAGACCCUAAGGCAAGAUUUUCUGGUGUUUAGUUACAUCCAAAAUUUAAUCACUCAAAAUUCCACAUUCAUCCCACCAAGGUCAACAGAAUAAGUUCCUGGGUUGAUGUAAUUGAUUAUACCCUUAAAAGCAGUACCUCAAAGUAUGAUUUCAGUCACCAAUGAUUGAAGUUAGUAUGAGAAAUAAAGAAUAGAUAUUUAUUAUGGAUGCUUGCAUAAAUGUAUACGUGAGAGCAUAUGUGUACAAGGGACCCUGACAGUUAUUGUAUAUGUAUAGUCAAUUUAUCCUCUUUUAAAGAUGUUAAAUAUAACAUUAUUAUUUUUUUCUUUAAAAUAGAGAUACAAGAUUAAAUAUCGCAACUGUUGUUUUACAAGCUCCACAAUUAAUGUGAUGUACAAUUAAUAGUAAGUCAAAAAAAAGAAAAAGAAAAGAAGAAAGCUGUCAAGUGAUAGGGUAAUCCAAGGAACCAUAAGGAGUUUUAAAAAUAUUAAACAAAACAAUACACCACUCACAAAAAACAUAAUGGACUACUGAAAAAAAUGAAACAAAAGUCUUCUACAAUACUAAGAGUGAAAUCAAUAAAUGAUUCUAGUUGUAUUGAUCACUGAAAGAGAAAUGUGAUUCUGUUAUUUUACAAGCAAUUCUUCACUGAAAUGCAAUGAUUAACCUGAUUUAUUCAUAUUACACUCAGAUUUGAGAACAUAAUGAAGAGAAAGUUCUUAAAUAAGUAGAUUCUGUAACAUAAAUGUCAGUUAACAAAAACAAGCAAAUACUUUGACUAGACACUCUCUUGCCUUUAUUGUUAUUAUUAUUGUUGUUGUUUUGAUGUGUGUUGUUUUUGUUAUCUGUUAUCAGCUUCACUACCAGAAUAACGCUAAUAAUAAUAAUAAUAAUUAUAGAUUCUAAAAACUUGGGUAAAAACAAAAUGGAGAUUGAAGAACUUUCAAAGUCUAAAGGAAGAUGUGGAGAUUGAGAGAGAUCGAAGAAUGUGGAAUAUAGACAUAAGAACAGCCCCAGUUAUUUCAGGAGUGUUAUUUGUGGAACAGAGUACAAAAAUGUCAUCUGAAAAUCAAACUGUUGGGAAAAUCUUGCAUAGGUGAGGUUCAGAAUAUAUCUCUCCGAGGAAAUUCCCACAUUCUUAAAAUCAAAUUAACUCUAGAAUUACAGUAAGGCUCCAGCAAAACAAAUUAUGCUUACCAUUAAUAAGACAACAAUAAAUAGGAUAAUUAUGAUGACUGAAAAAUAAUGGUAAAGAAUCAGACUAAAUAUUUGAUGAUAUCUAGUUCAGAGUCUCUAGGUUCAAAUUGUAUCCAAGUUUGACUACUUUCCAUUCUUCCAAAAGUGAGAAAAUAUAUAUCAGUAAGAUAGUGUGAUUUAUUCCAUUUAUUGACCCGCCACUACCCCAACACCACCAUCACCACCACUACUUUGUUCCAAAUUUUUAAAAUCAAAAAUACUACUAUCGUUAUUUUUGUUAUUGUUGUUGUUAUUAUUAUCAUAAUUAUUAUAAAUGGUUUGGUUGGUUGGUUGAUAGUAUAAUAAAAAUGUGGGACAAAAUACCUUGCAGUAUUUCCUUUUGGUCCUUUAUGUUUUGAGUUUAAACCCUACCAAAGUCAAGUUUGCCUUUCAUCCUUCCUGAGUUGAAAAUGUUUAGUGCACCAGUUAAACACUUGCCCCAAAUCUCUGGCCUUGUACCUGUAUUGGAAGUGAUUAUUUAUUAAUUUUAUCUAAAAAAAGAAAUUUAGUUUCAAGCAUUUUAUUUUGCAUUUUGUCUUACAUCAGCAAAAUUUAUUUGUCAGUGAAUUCAAUAUUGGCUAUAAUUGCCUGUAAGAAAGUGAGGAACUCUGUUUCGUUGAUAUGUGAGCUUCCCCACAAUCAUUAUUUGAGUAGAGUUUUAAACUAUAAUUCAACUUCUGGUUGCUAGUUGCAAUUGCAGAGAUAUUGAUGCAUGUUUUCUCCACCCUCAUCCCCACAAUGUGAUCAGUAAAUAGCUAGCUAUUGGCUGCUAAAUAACAUGAUACUUUAUACCAGUUCUAUAGUAUUUUAUUUCUGCUGUUCCUCACCAUCUCUCUCUUUCUCUUCUUUCUUUCUCUUCAUAUUUCAACCCCUCUAUCUAUCUUUCUUUUCCUUUUUUUUUUCUUUCAUUCUAACAUUCCCAUCUCCAAACACAGAUCAAAGGGCUUAGUACUGCUAGUGCAAGCUACUACAGCAGUAACAGCACAACAUAAAUGUAAGAUCUACAGCUGUCACAAAAGGAAAAUUAUCAUAAAAUGAACAUGAAACUACCAGCAGAACACUGGGGAAAUUUUCAGUGUCACCAAAGACAAAAAUAAAAUGAAUUAAGGAAUCUGUCAACCACUGUUGUGAUGUGUAAAGAUAUAUAGGUAUAUAUAUUUGCAAUAUAAAUAUAGAAUGUAAUAGCCAUUCACUUCAAAAUAUCAUUAACUUCUCUUCCUUGUGAUGUUAUUAACUGGAAAAGAUAUACAAAUAUUCCGUAUUCUUCCUCGAACUGAAUAAUUUGCAAUUGUUAUUAGUUUCAUUUGCUACUAUAACAACUUCCUCUGUUCAUAGCAUUUGUUUAACUAGUAAUACAGGUGACUGGGCAGGCAAAAACACUUAAGUCAGUUUAUAGCUAAGGUUUGUUUAUUCAUUUAUGUUUUUUUUGUCAAUAUUUAACAACUUGAAUUCAAAAAUCAAAGGAAUUUAGUUGAAAUUAUGUUUGCACUUUUCUGUACAAUAUUGCUAUAUGUAUAUAGCUACUGUUUGAGUGUUGAUUUUACAUACCACAUUAAGGAAGGAAAUAUGCCAAGUUCAUAUAUUGGAGACAUUGCAGUUGACACACAUAUGAUAGAAAAGAUUAAAUCUGAGGAACGCCAUUUAAUCAGAUUCAAUCAGCUACAAAAAGACAAAGAAAAUGCCUCGCAAUUGUUUAAUAUUUCAGAAGAUGGGAAAUUCUAUGUAAUCCAAACUCUAGAUGCAGAAACACUUUGUAAAUAUAAAAAAAUGUGUUUCAGAAUGGUAGAUGUUGCCAUGCAGAAGAGAGAAAUAUUUGUUCGAAUUUUAGAGAUCAAAGUAGUUGUGGAAGACAUCAAUGAUCAUCAACCUGUGUUUCCAGUAAAACAAAUAACUCUUGAGUUUUCUGAAGGGGAUAAAAAAGGAACUACUUUAUCAAUUCCAAAUGCCAUUGAUGAAGACAUCAGUGAAGAAAAUUCCAGGAUAACAUAUAAAUUAUUGUCUAACAAUAAGGUGCCUUUCAUAAUGGUUGUUUCUGAAAGAGUAGAUGGUUCAUAUUCAGUUGGAAUAACUUUAGAAACUGAAUUAGAUAGAGAAAUUAAAGAUCAUUAUUAUUUUCAAAUAAUUGCUAAGGAUGGAGGAAAGCCAUCUAAACAUGGUAUCUUAAAAGUUUAUGUAUCUGUCUUAGACAUAAAUGAUAAUUUGCCACUUUUUUCUCAAGAUGUUUAUAAUAUAUCUAUUAAUUGCAAAUAUAAAGUAAAUAAAGCUGUAAUGGAUUUAGAUGCAGAGGAUCUUGACACUGGUGAAAAUGGUAAGGUUAUGUAUCACUUCAGCUCAAAGACUUCAGAAAUGACAAAAUCACAUUUUCAGUUAAAUGAAAUAACUGGGGAAAUAUUUCUUUGUGAAAAUUUCCCUUUCAAGAAGCGUCAAACAUAUGAAUUGUACGUUGAAGCUACAGAUGGAGGAAACCCUCCUCUGUCUUCUAUCGCUAUGAUACUUGUCAAUGUUGUCAACCAGCGAAAUAAUCCUCCCAUUAUUGAUAUGAAUUUCGUUUCCAAAUCUUCUAACAAUAUGGCGACCAUAUUAGAAAAUACUAAAAUUGGUAGUUUUAUUGCAUAUGUAAAGAUUUCUGAUACUGAUACUGGACAAAAUGGAAAAGUUACCUGCACUCUCCAGCAUGAUAAAUUUCAGCUUCAAAAUCUAGGUGAGAAAAAAUACAAAGUGGUUUUGAAAAGUUUUGCUGAUAAGGAAAAAGAAAGUCAUAUUACUUUUAAAGUGAUUUGUGAAGACAAUGGGUUUCCACGUUUGAGAACAGAGAAAGAGUUCUCUGUUUUAGUAACUGAUAUUAAUGAUGUAAUACCACAGUUUAACAAAGAAACCUACAAAUUCUUGAUAUACGAGAAUGAAGAAUCUAAUUUUCCAGUAGGAUUUGUCAAUGCAACUGACCCAGAUAUGGGACUAGGUGGACAGUUAACAUUUUCCUUGUUUUCAAAAAAUAAUGUUGCUCUUCCCUUUCAAAUAACAAACUAUGGAUUUAUAUCAACUACAGAAUCACUUGACCGUGAACAAAAAGAUAUAUACAUCUUUCAGGUUUUAGUUAAAGAUAGUGGGACUCCAAGACUAAAUAAUACUGUUGAUGUUAUUGUUGAAGUUAUGGAUAAAAAUGAUAAUGCUCCAUAUUUUACUUUCCCUAGUGUUAAUCCUUUCAGUCUAGAUAUCUAUUUCCAGCCCCAAAAUAACAAUGAUGUCACUAAGUUAAAAGCAUAUGACAAAGACAGUAAAGAGAAUGCGUUUCUCAAAUAUGAAAUAUUAGAAGGGAAUGAGAAAGAAUUAUUCACAAUGAACUGUUAUACAGGGGUAUUAUCUUUUUCCCGAAAUGUUUAUCAGAAUGAGGCAGGAGUGUAUAAUCUUCUAUUUGUUGUCAAAGACAAUGGGAUUCCAAUUCUCUCUACAACCACUUCUCUAUCUUUAACUCUAGUUGCUAGCAAUCAUACAUUCCCCUUGUUGACAAUAGCAACCAAUGAGUUAGAUUUCAAAAUUCAAAUGAAUUUAUUUCUCAUGAUCAUAGCAGCAGCGGUGUCAGGUUCUGUAAUAAUGGUGAUUUCAAUAACAAUAUGUGUUGUAAAGAAAACCAACAAGAUAAAGACUUCUAGUAAACAGAGAAUCAAUCCUUCAGACAAAAUCUUCAGUGUUGAUAGAGAAACACAAAAUACUUCUGAACAAAUAUCUUAUAAUCCUCCAUUGCUCAGAGAAAACACUCAACAAAACAGCUUACUCCAACUUCAAGAGGAGAAAGGGCAACAUUUAUCCAAUUAUAAAGUGACACUGAAUGGAACAAAUUUAAAUAGCAGAAUUCCAUACCAAGCAACUAGCAAGGAAAUACACCAGAUAUAUGUUCAAAAUGCUCACAGACCUGCCAGUCAUAGAAAAAAUAAAGAAGACUUUCAAUGUAAUUUUUACAAUUACCGACAAAUGACAGCAAAAUCUCAGAAUGACUGUGAAUUCAUUGAGAAAGUGGGAUCACAUUAUGAAGAGCUAUCAGGUCUUCAUCCUGACCAAAAUGACUUCCAGCAAGCCUCAACAAGUCAGUCCCGAGUUUAUGCUUAUUCUGGCAGCAAUUCUUCAUAUCAGACAGGAAAUUUCAACACUACUGGACACACUAAUGUUACUUCCUUACAUGCACAGUCUUCAAUUAGAACUAAUAACCUUAGCACAACAAUCCUCUCACACACAUUACCAACAAAAUGUGGCUUUUCUUCCUUUAGCAAGCCACUGCCUGCUUUACCAAAGACAGCAUCAGACAUCUAACUAUUGCUUUGGUAUUUGAAGAUUUUUGCCAUAGUCCUUAUUCAUUAAAUACCAGUUACAUUUCUAACAAAUUAAGUUUCAAAAUCUUGUUUUCUUCAAAAAUUUUAUUUAAAAUUUUGCAAAGAAAUUGCUAGAAGCUUAUUAAUUAUCAGUGAAAUAUUUGUAAAAACCUUCUUCCUUUUCUUCACAGUCCUUCUUUGCAAUAUUUUUUAACUAUCUUGGGAACACUUUUGGAAAGCCAUAAUUUACAAGUCUCUUACACUAACACUAAAUUAGGAAACAUUAGCCUAAAAAUAUUUUCUUUUUUAAAAUAAAGAAUCCAUUAUUCAUAUGGUUCAGAUUUUGAAUUUUAUUGAUUCAAUGUUUGCUCUGAAUUCAAGAUAACUCUUCAUUUCUUCACCAGGUAUAUAAAUUUAAAAGCACAUUCCCACAGAUUUUGUACUUGUAGAAAGAAAUAUUCUA